GGGCUCGCAAGAGCCCAGAGUCUCCCUUGCGCAGCUCGACAUCCCGCUUGUCGUGCAGGUGGACGAAAGUCGGUACUUGCUACAGUUCCAGGGAAAGGCACCCGGAUGCAGCCUCCCGGGCUUGAAGCCGUUGGAGCACCCGUCGGGCACAUGCGGGUCGGUGCAGCAGUUCCUCGGGUUUCUCCUGCGUCUCGACGAGAUGCAGCACGGGCACGGCACGGCGUUCCUCGAGGUUCCCGAACUUGGACUCCGCAUGGGCCAGCACAGCGUGCACGCGCUCCAGAUGGACGUGGAGGAGAUCUUGUGGUGCUACCAGGCGCUCCUCCAGAACACGGCGCACGGCAAGCACACGCACAUGUUGAUCCGCGUCUCUAAGGGCAUGGACCUCGGCCACCAGUACGAGUUGGUGCGGACGCUAGCAAAGGCGGGCCGGGGCAUGGACGCGCUCGAGGCCGCCAUGAGGAAACGGCGCGGCGGCCGGCUGGCGGCCGGGCCGGGGCCCAAGAAGAGCCGCGUGGGCAACGAGCAAACGCCCCCGGGCACGGGUAUACGCUAAUACAAGGCCGCACCCCCCUAGUUCAAGAUGCCCCGGCGGCGCAAGCUGGCGUAGAGCUCCGGGUCCACGUACUUCUGGAGCGUGGGCUCGCCGCCCAAGCCCUUCCGGCGGCGGGUCUUCAUGACGAAGUCGCGGGCCAUGGACGCCCGCGGCACGGGCCCCAUCUGCGGGAGGGGGCAGAGCAGGUCCAUCGGGUCGCCCGGGACCACGUCCCACCGCAAGAAGUCGAGCGAGCAGAACGCCU